CACUAUGGCUGCAAGAGACGCGAGAUGGUGAGAGCUGCAACAAACCCUGAUCGGGCGCAAAAACAUAUAACACCUAUUAACUACCGUUCAGUGAUUCAAUAACAGGCAGGCAGACGUGUGUUGGUUAUAUUUGAGUCAGUUAUAUUUUGCUUUAGUCUUUAAGGAAGAGGAUUUACUGGAGCGAGCGAACGUACAUCGACGCUUUAUCCUCGUUUGGUUAAUGAUAGCUGGUUAAGUUAAUCAUUUCUGCUAUUAAAUGGUACAUUUGUCUUGACAUGCAUCUAAAAUACGUUUAAUGCAUUGCAUUGGUGGUACUUUUUUUUAACUACAACGCCUAUUACGCAAAGCAGCCGAUAUCGAUCGUAAAUUGCUUGGAAGGGAUUUUCAUGUCCCGAUUUGUCUUUCAUAAAUUGCAUUACCAGUUUAACACAGUGAACAAACGGCGGUUCUCAUUGCAUCGAAAUGGCUAAAAUGUAUCACAAAGAGAAAAGCAUCCAGAUCAAGAGCAGCGCGUCUGCGCUGUACAACAACCUGUGCGUCCUGCGCAUCGCGCCGCGCUGCCUCACAUAUUUCACGGUGGUCCAUGCCAACGUUGUGAACAUGGUCAGCGCUUCCUGGGAUGGCCUGAACUAUUCCCAUCGACAGCUGCAGUCUAAGGAGGGAAGCGUGAACACCAGCUCCUCACUUAUUAUGCAGGCAGCCUGGUGUGUACUGCCCUCGAGAGAUUUGCUUGUCCUUACUUCCCAGAAAGGAAUCCAGAUGUACGAGUCUGAUGGAUCUAUUAUGGUGUAUUGGCACGCACUGGACACACCGGAGACACCGACAGCUAAGGCAGUGUUUGCGCGAGGAAUCGCAGCAGUCCGGGAAAAAUACAUUUGUGUUGGAGUCUCAUCUGGCUCGGUGCUUGUGUUUGAUGUUCCCAGUAAAGGCAGUAACAUCACUCUGUCUGAGGUUCUGGAGGAACACAAAGAGGCCAUCACAGAUAUGGCCUCUGAGUGUUCAGGCAGUCAGGAGUGCAUUGCUGAUUUAGUCAGUGCUGAUGACUCCGGGCUGCUCUGCAUGUGGAAAUCGGGAGAUGAUUUUCAACUGCUCAACAAGAUUCCUGGUUUUGAUACGAGUUGUUCUUCAGUAAAGCUGUGGAAGGGGACAGUUAUUGCAGGCUAUGGGACAGGACAGAUCCGUCUGUAUGAAGGGGUCACAGGUAUACUGCAUGCAGAAGUCAAUGCCCAUGCUCGCUGGAUAUAUUCUUUGGACAUUGCCCCUUUCACUGGCCUGUUGCUUUCUGCAGCAGAAGACUCUUGGGUUAGAGUGUGGCAUCUGACCCUGACCCCAGAUACUAACAGCGUAGAGAUCGAGCACAUGUACAAUGAGUGCGUAACUGAUACUCAGAUCUGUGGAGCCAAGUUCUGUGAUGGAGACGGCUAUGCUUUUGCAGUGACUGGUUAUGAUUUGAGUGAGAUUAUUCGCUACACGCAGGUGUAGAUGGUGUAUAACAUUCACUCUACCAGUGGACACUUCGUGUGAGGAUCACCUGCAUGGGUUGGUAUAGUCUCCUUAGACGUGUUUCAUGGGAAUUCUGUUAAGUCUGGACAACAUAUUUGUUUUCUAUCUUUAAUGUGCAGACAUGAUUGGCAGGUUCAGUCUAAAUAUCAUGAAUGUUUUCUAAAUAAAGUAUGUGAAGGCAGUGACUGAAACGGGCUAAAAGCAGCACUUGAACAGCAGGUGACACUGUUGUUGAUGGUUUGUUCUGCCAGUUGUGAAUUACAAAUUACACUUUUAGAGCUGUCAUACUUGGGUUAAAUGCAUGAUAGAGAAUGAAUGAUUCCCUCCUAUUCUGGGUGGAGAGUAUCAGAGAAAUAAAUGUUCAAAUGUUU